UCUCCCCCCAAUCUCUCGUUCGGAUACAGCACAGCUGCACAGGCUCCAAUCAAGCAGCCAUGGCGGUUCAACUAUCGGGUUUAUGGCUCCCCACUACAACAAUCUCACCUCACCCUCUCCGCAGUCGAAGCAAAUCGUUAGCAACUGCUCUUGCAUCAGUUUCUCCUUCACCCAUCCCCUCUAUUCAGAUUGUGGAUGGAAAGGUUCCGGGAUGGUACCAUGACAAAAAUGCCAAUUCUAGCAAUACAUUUGAAGGCUACCAGGGAGAAAGUGAUUGGAUUGAUUUGGAUGCUGAGCUUUACCAUUGGACAAAGCCUUUGCGUCCUGUUCAGUGGUAUCCUGGCCAUAUUGCUAAAACAGAAAAGAAACUUAAAGAACAGCUCAAGUUAAUGGAUGUUGUGAUAGAGGUGAGGGAUGCAAGAAUUCCUAUGUCCACAACUCAUCCACAGAUGGAUUCCUGGCUUGGCAACAGGAAGAAGAUUCUAGUUCUGAAUAGGGAAGACAUGAUUUCUACUGCAGACAGAAAUGCAUGGGCUACUUAUUUUGCACAACAAGGAGUAAAGGUUGUUUUCUCCAAUGGGCAACUAGGAAUGGGCACCAUGAAGCUAGGGAGGCUUGCAAAGUCACUAGCUAGUGGGGUGAAUAUCAAACGUAGAGCCAAAGGACUACUUCCUCGUGCGGUUCGUGCUGGAAUAGUUGGAUAUCCAAAUGUGGGUAAAUCAUCUUUAAUUAACCGUUUGCUAAAACGACGAAUGUGUCCAGCAGCUCCCAGGCCAGGUGUCACAAGAGAACUAAAAUGGGUUCGUUUUGGGAAAGAUUUGGAGUUGCUGGACUCUCCUGGUAUAAUCCCAAUGCGGAUUAGUGACCAGACAGCUGCAAUAAAGCUGGCAAUUUGUGAUGACAUUGGAGAGAGAUCAUAUGAUGUCGUUGAUGUGGCUGCAAUCCUUGUACAGAUGUUGACCAGGCUUCCAACAAUAGGUCCAAAAGCUCUUUACAACCGUUACAAAAUUGAUGUGGAUGGUCUCUGUGGUAAAAUAUUUGUUGAGAAGAUAGCACUUCAAUUGUUUAAUGGAGAUAUCAAUCAAGCAGCAUUCCGUGUGUUGUCUGACUUCCGUAAAGGGAAGUUUGGUUGGGUUGCAUUGGAAAGGCCACCCAGGUAACAUUGACAAAUGGUUGAUCCAUGGGACAUGCUUUUUCGAGCUCUUUACCACUAUCCAGGCCAGACCUCCCUGAGCAUUUGUUUCCUGGUCUUUACUGUUAUGAAAUAUGAGGCUAAUACUUGGUGCUGUCAGCAUAACUGAAAGAAUUCUACAAGACAAGUGCAUUACAUGAUGUUGGCAGCUCUAUAGGAGUUCAGAAAAUACCCAUAUGGAAUACCAAAUGGUAGGUCAUGACAAAAAAGUGAAAAGCCUAAGGAGUAAAAGGGAAGAAAAAACCUGUUGUAACCUCAGUUCCUACAGUGUCAACACUCGCCAUUUAACAGAUGUUGAAAUGUAAUUGGUGGAUCCAAAGCAAGGUACAAUUAUAUUUUGGCUAAUCUAUUGAAAUCCCAGGCAUGUACAGGUCAUGUAUUGGAGAUACUAUCAUAUUUAUCAAAAUAGCUGUAGUUGAUCAGUGAAUCCAUCUACAGUAAGAAACAUCAUAUAUGCCCAGUUCUGUCAUCUUCUUGUCUUUUCCUGAUAAAACCUCAGCAAAACUUCUUGAAUUAUA